AUGGCGAACAAACAGGGGAAGAUGAUCAAUUACCGAAUGAGAAUUACACUGAAUGAUGGGCGACAAAUGACUGGGCAAAUGCUAGCAUUCGAUAAGCACAUGAACCUCGUCCUUGCAGACACAGAAGAAUUCCGCCGAGUAAAGCGCAAGCCCACCAAAGGCGCACAAUCUGCUCCUGGCAGCUCUACACCCGCACUCGUCGAAUCGGAAGAAAAGCGCACUCUCGGUCUUACCAUUGUUCGCGGCACUCAUAUCGUCUCCUGCUCAGUCGACGGCCCUCCUCCCGCAGACCCAUCGGCAAGGUUAGGAGCAAGCGCACCAGGAGGUGCUGGAGGUGCACCACCUACGUUAGCUGCUGGACCGGGCAUAAGUAGACCAGCUGGAAGAGGAUUGCCUGUUGGACUAGGUGGACCGGCUGCGGGAGUAGGAGGACCAGCGCCGCCAGGAGGGUUUCCUGGAUUUCCACCUGGUGGAUUCCCUGGUGGUGCACCACCAGGGUUUGCGGGUCGUGGAGGACCCCCAGGAGGAGGACCGCCUGGAUUCGCACCACCGCCUGGAUUUCCCGGAGGACCACCGCAAGGGUUUCAGCCGCCGCCAGGGUUCCAGCCUCCCCCAGGGGGCCGCGGUUUCCCACCGCCAGGAUUCCAAGGGCGGUGA